AAGAAACGGUGAUGGCAUAAAUAACAAGGGAAUAAUAAUAUAAAAGAAAUAACAAGCAAAGAAGAAGAAUAUUUUGGAAUAAUGAAUGCGGAGCUUUGGUGUGGUGGGAUUUUUUGCAUGCGACAUUUUUUUUUUUUUUUUUUUUGAAAAUAACUAACAAUCACCAUUACUGAUAAUAGAUUCUAGCGGCGGCGAUAAUAAGUAUUGUUUAUGGAUUGAUUAUGGUUGCGGUAAUCACAGCGAUAUCGAUUAACAUUGUUGAAGAUGGUUUAUUUUCACCAUCUCCACUUUUUCUUAUAAUGGUAAUUGCUCAAUUAACAGUGGCUGCCUUAUUACAUCCUCAAGAAAUUAGUUGUCUCUUUUAUGGAUUAAUUUACUACAUUUCUGUACCUUCGAUGUAUUUGGUUUUAAUUGUUUUCUCCGUCUACAAUCUCAAUGAUAUUACAUGGGGCACGAGGGAAGUGCAAAAGAAAAAAACUGACGCGGUAAUAAAUCCCAUUUUGGAUUUGAUGUUCACUAUAAUUUUAAAUUACACUAUUAAUUUACACUUCUAACAUUAAUUUAUUUCUAAUUUACAAAAUUCUAUUUUUAAUUUACGCAUUUUUAAUUUUAAUUAUAAUUGCUUCUUUCGCAACUUGUAUAUAAUUUUGUAGAAAAAAUUAAUUAUAUCUCUAAAAUAAUGAAUG